UCGCCCAUCGGUCUGUACUGUGUUCACUGCUCAGUUGUAUUUCUGCCUCCUGGCUCUCUCUUCUUCCUUGCUCUUUUCUUCAAAUCUUCUACCUAUUUGAUCAAAAUUAAAGGACGUUCCUCAAUUAUUUUCAUUUUAAAUUAAAACUUUUGUUUAAUAAAAAAAGAAUCUUGCUGAGAUUUUACGUGUGUUAAGUCGUAGGCCGUAGCCUUAAGGCUUUCUACCAGUAAACCUCAUAUUUUAUUUUUCGACUUCAACAUAACCCAACAGAACAUCAUGACUUUCCCUACUGCUGUAAAAAAAUCCGGACCUCUUACAAUCUCCAAAACUGGAUCAGGAUCAAAGACUAGAUCACCCGGGUCUCCUCUGAAUGCUCCUGCAAAGACGAUUCUACCUACAUCUUCUAAAGCACCGCUAGCUAGUAAAGCUCCUGAAAAGGUCAAUACUGCAUCAUCCAUGAAAAAACCAUCUGUUCCUUUGAAAAGUUCAACUGUUAAAUCUGUAACUAAAACUGUUACUGAUGCUAAGUUAGAACCUGAGAAGACAUUAGCUUCUGCUGCCAAAGGAGUGACAAGAUCUGUGACUAAACCUCCUCCACUCACUAUCAAAGUAACAGAUGCCAAAGGAUUACAAUCUCCAAAAACUCCAACAACAUUAUCGAUAAAAUCUCAAACGUUGACCAAGUCCCCAUUGGCGACUAAGCCUGCAUCAGUUUCUAAAUCAACUUCGGUUCCAACUGGAAUAGUUAGAUCACCAUCCAUUACUAAAUCAGUUACUUCGCCUAUGACUAAAUCUCCUCAAGUAAAAUCUACUUUAACACCAAAAUCAUUUGCUGUGUCAUCUCCAGUUGCCAAAUCUCCUUCAACAACAGUAACGUCUAAAACGUUAACAACAAAUUCUGCGGUUCCAAAAUCACCAAUGAAGCUCACCAAUUCAACCCUUGCAGCUAAGUCUGUAGCAUCUACAGCAAUUAAAGCGAGUGCUACAUCAUUAAAAUCUAAAGAACAAGCAACUGUUGUAAAACCUAUGACUCCAGUUAAAAAAGCAGCUAUACUGUCUAUUAAGAGUUCUGCAGGUGUUAAAAGUCCGACUAUACCAACAAACAAACCAUCAGUGAUAUCAAAAAGUCUAUCUACAGCUUCUAGCAUGAAAUCAAUUUCUUUGAAGACACCUACUUCUCCUUCAAAAUUAUUAACCAAAGAACCAUCUAGCACUGCAAAAGUUUCUUCAUUACAGUCUACUAACAAAUCUAAUGUGAUUUCUAAAUCAAAUCCAACAUCUUCAAAAGCUGUUGUUAAAAAAGAAUCCAGUUCAUUAUCAUUACUAUCUGUGAAGUCUUCUUCGACAAUUAAGUCUACUACUUCAGUAGUGUCAAAAACUUCAACAUUGAAAGCCAAUGCUACACCAUUGUCAUCAUCAGUUGCUAAGAAUUUGGUUCCAAAGUCGCCAAUAGCCAAAACAAAGCCAUUAGCAGUGGUACAAAUUCCAUCAUCACCUACAGUAAGAACUCCAUCAUCGCCAAUUGUUAAAACAUCAUUAUCUCUAGCCGCAAAAACCAAAACUCCGCAAUCGCCAACAAUUAAAACUAGAACUCCUUCACUAUCGUUGGUAAAACCACCUUUAUCACCAGCAGUGAAAAGAAUGGUACCAACCAAAUUGAUUUUAAGCCCUGGACCAUCUAAAAGCAGGUCACUUUCAUCUUCUAAACUCAAUUCAGUUUCAACUGAAAGUUUGGCUUCUAGAACAUCCCUGAAAUCUCCCAUGACUCCUACUAGAUCAAUCAAAGUGGUAACAAAAAGUCCUUCAAAAAUAACUAAGAAAAUUGAAGAACCAAAAGCUAAAGGUAUUCGUGGUGGACAACCCGUUAGGAAGACCAUUGAAAUUCCAGGAAUAACUGAAUUACCUUCUAAUCUGGUUUUGAACCAACAAGAAACUCUUCAGUUCAAUUUUGUAUUAGAAAAUGCUGAUGAAACUGUUUUGAAAGAUGAAAUUGGAUCCAUAAUCACUCAAACACCAGAUCAAGAUUUGUCAGAACUUGAGAAAUUAGAAUCUCCCAAAAUGGUUGAAAACAUUGAUGAUGGCCUAUGUUUGGCUAAUGAUUUUGUUAAUGAAGAAAGUACAACGUCAAACAUAGUGGAUGCUCAAAAUGUCAGUUUGUCACCGGAGGUCCAAGAACACAAUUUAGAAACUAUUGAAGAGGACAUAACAGAACCUAAAACAAUGCCGUCACUCGAUGAACAGAAACAAGAAGACGUUUGUAUUUUAUCAGACUUUGAAGUUGUAAAGAAGGAUGAUUGUGUGCCACAUUUAAAUAGCAUUUCUUACUCUGUUAAUAACUGUGGUAUUUCUUUUGAUGAAAAUCAUUUUAAUAUAACUAAUGAAAAUGUAACUACUGAACAGUUGGACGAAACACAAUCGUGCAUCAUAGAUAUUGAUGAUCACUUUGAACCCAUGAAUGACAAAUUAGUUCUAGGAGACGUGCCUUUUGAAACCGAUUCAAGUCAAGAUGAAAUUUCUGAUAAUGAACAAACUAUUCAACAGGAAGUAAUCCAAAAUGAAAACUGUGGUGCAGAACAAAACGAAUGUGUUGAUGAUGUGUUUAUAUUCACAGACAAUUUAUCAUCAAUUAAUAAUUUUGAUAGUGCUGAUAGUACUGAAAAUUUCAUUCAUCAAUUUAUGCCAAAAUCAAUUGAGCGGUCAGUAGGUUCAUUAUCUAUUAGUACAGAUGACGAAAGUCUUCUUAGUCGUAAAUCUUAUUCAGAAGCUGUUUCGGGAUCUCCUAAAGAUGGUGAAUAUUAUUUUGACUAUGAUUUUGAAAUGGUUGACGAUUGUUUGGAGUAUGAUGAUGAGGGACGAUCAGUAUUUGUUGAAGUGACAGAAAAAGAAUUUCCAGAACUCAAACCAAAAGAUUUAUCUGGCAAAAGAAGGAGGAACAAAAAACAAAAGAAAAGGAAUUAUAGUAACAGAUCAGAAUCUCAAUCAGAUUCAAAUACUGAAAUAAAUUACAACCCUGAAGAUUUUGAUGGAAAUGAAUUUUGCCGCUACAUCAAGAUGAUGAAGGAUUGUUCAUUUUAUCCAAAUGGAUUAUUUUCGUCAGAUUCAGUCAAAUUAUCUACUUCAUCAUCCCUAUCGUGGUUAGACAUAUCUGUUCGUACAACUGAUGAUGACUUAACACCAUCCACAGAAUACUUAAGUACUUAUGAAGUUUUCCAAGCAAGUAAUCUGAAUAAAGAAUUCUUAACCUCAAUAAUUGGUUCCAAUGAAACAACUACGACAAAUGAAACUUCGUGGUUUUGGAAAUCUAUUGAGGGUAAACAUCAAUCGCACAAUAAAGCCAAUAUAACGCUUAGUCUUCAACCAAGACCUAAACAUUUAACUACACCUCGUUUCAUGAUUCUUUUGGCACUCAUUAGUGAGGCUAAAGGUUAUGAAAUUAUACCAUCAUUGUCUGUAAAUUUUGCCACUAAAGACUGUGUGCCCAGAUUUGAUGAAAAAAUUAGACGACUCAUGGUUCAAGGAUUUUGGCUUAUUGGACCUUUAAUAAAAGAAAGUUUGUCCGAGGAUGAAGAAGUGAACUGUGAAAAUCCGUUUGAGUUUGUUGAUGGUGACAUUGGUUUAUGGUGGGCAGGAAUCAAUAUGUUGGAUUGGCAAGAACAUUUGAAAGAAUGCGGUAGUAAGAACCAAGAACUACCCAACUGCUAUCAGUUUGUUGUUGAAAAUAUGGGUAUGACUAGACGCAACACAGCUGAGGCCGAAGCAAUCAUGAAUGCUGUACCUGAUGACUUUAUGAGUGAACUCGAUAUGGAAAAUUUCAUUCACACUGUGCGUAAUGUCAAGUACUACUGUGGUAACUAUUUUGUGGACAGUGAAGAAAAUUUAGAAGCACAAAAUGAAGUCUUGGAAGAUAAUGAUGAUGAUCUCAUAGAAUGGGAAAAUAGCCCUGUUGAAAAAAUUUAAAUACUUUAUGGUAUUGUUAAGAUUUAAAUUAUAUAUAUAUAUAUAAAUUCACUAUUAAGUAUUUAGUAAGGUAAAUAACAAUAUAAAUAUAAUGACAAAAAAUCAAACUGUUAUGUUUUAACGUAAAUUCAUUAAUUUAACAUAUAUUAUGUAUUUUCUUCAUUUAAAUUUCUAAAUGAGAACUAUAGACUAAGUAUAACAAUAAAUUAUUGUGAUGUAUCAUAUAGACAAUUAAUAUAGUUAAAAGUAUAAUAAUAGUUUAGCAUGUUUAAAUAUUUUACCUAACUGGUAAAUUGUCAUUUUGACUUCAACUUUGUAACACCAAAAUAUUAAAAUAACUAUAAUUCAAAUUGUGUAUAAAAUAAACUAUUUAUUAUGUUUAAUUACAUUGUGUUGAAUUUUUUUUAACAAUCAAAAGCAUAAUAGUAUAUUUACAAGAGAAAAAACAAUGAACAGCCAACAAAAAUUGCACUACUAUGAGAAUCAAUAAGAAAUAUAAUAUGUACACGUAUUUAAAAUAUUCAAUUUAGCAUUAAAUAAAAUAAUUCAUAGGUAACAUUGAAAUAAUAACAUUACAUUGUGUAAGGUACAAAAUAUCUUUAGUGAUUACGUUGGUUUUCAAGUAGUUUUUUCCUAGAAACAAUAGGAAACAUUGAUUUUUGUAUAACCUAAUAACUUAUAAUCAUAUUAUAAUAAACAAAUAGAUUAUUGAUUAUAAAAUAAAGUAUCACAAACAAUUAUUGUUACAGUCUGAUAUUUAGAAAUAAUAUUAAACAAAUUUUAGUUUGAUAUGAAUAAUUUUAACAAAUUGUCUUCAUUCGUUAAGUUUUACUUCCGUCACAACACUAAUUAGUAGAUGGUAAAAUAGAAUAAAAAUUUUUGAGAUUAAUGUUCACAAAAUGCAUAGUUGUUAUUUAAGUACCAGUACAAAUUAAGUACAAAUUAGUAAAAAAAAUCUAUACAAUUCAAAUUUUGACAAUCGUAAUAAUAUGUACAAAAAAGAGAAUUUUAUCACUCAACAUCAAAAAUGUGUUUCCAUAAUUUUUUUAAAAGCCUAUUAAACACCACAUUUCCUUAUCUGACACCAUAUUAUCUUAUGUUUUUAUACUGAAACUACAAUUUAAUCAAGC